GCUGAAUAUGAAAACAGACAAAAAAAUCCAACUCGUUUGUGAAGAAGAAAUUCUGGUUGAAUUUAGAAAAAGAAAAUGUAUUUCAACAAUUUGUGGUUAUAUGCAAACUAACCUUCUAGCUUUUACACAUUUGAAUGUGACUGAAAAUUAUGAAAUACAGAUUGAAAUAACAGUUGAACACAGUCACUAUUGAACGAUUUAUUUAAAUGGUGAUUUUCAAUAAAAAUAAUCUUGGACUUUUUAUAAAUAUACAUAUAACAAACACAAAACUUUAUCUCAAAAUUUAUAUAGUAUAGAAAAAAACAUUGAUAUUUAGACGAAAACUUUACUUAGUUAUGGAAGCGUCGCCUUCUUAUUAUCUUCUCUUCAUUAUCUUGUUUAUAAUUACUUUAUAUAUUGAACAAACAAAGGAAGAUAUUAAGGUCCAUACUGCUGUUCAAAUUAAACGUCCUUCAAAUCGUCAUUGGAUUGAACGUGCUUCAUCUGCUCGUCAAAUUACAACACCAUCUGUAUUAACAACUACAAUCACUUCUAAUAGAUUUAUUUAUUCAGGAAAUGUAUCAUCAAUUAAUAUGAGUUCUGAAGUCAUAAAGAAUUCUGUUCGACGAAAAGAAUUACAAGAUCAACCACAACUGCCAAAUAUUUAUUCUCAAACAUAUCUUGAUUAUCAAGGGAAUCGAAAACGUCCAAUCGAUGAAUAUAAUCAACCUAAUAUUUUAUAUCCACACGAAGGACUGAACGCAUUUCAUAAUUUACCUUCGUGGUACAGUUUACGAUAUAGACGAUACCCACGAGAAGAGCCAAACCAUCCUUAUGAUGAUAACAAUUUGCAAUUACCAUGGAAUUAUAAACCAAAAUGUAGAUCAUGCGGUCGACCAUUAUUACAAGAUUCAUUUUGUAUAGAUGAUUUUGUUUUACGUGUUUAUAUUUACAAAGAAUCCGUGGAACCUAAUGGUCAACGCCACUACUUAGCUUAUAUCUAUCAAGUAUACAAGGAUAAUAAACAUUAUAUGCAACCAACUCUUGUUCGACAAAUCGUAUAUAAUUGUGAUCGAUUUCAAACUGGUCCAAUGCUAGGUGAAGUAUACUUAAUAACAGGUAUUUACAUAUCAGGUGUUCCACAUGUUGAUUCUUGUUCUUGGAAAGCACCAUGGAAUCAAGUAACGAGAGAACAAAAACGAUAUUUACGCAACCGGUAUAGCAUUCAGUGUGGUAUAUGUCAAUUACAAAGAGUAUUAUUUAUUGAUCCAAUAUAUCACCGUAAUCCAAAAACAUGUUAUUUACCAAUUAGUCCAAAUUCAAAUGAAAUGAUGUGUAGAGAUAAAUUUUCAUUGUGUCGUUUACAAAGAAGAACUAAUCGAUGCAAUUUUAUAAAUAAUAAAUCGUAUCGUAUAUGCGAAACAUGGUCAACGAAACAUAUUUAAUCCAUCACUUUUUUUUCCUCUAAAAAAACAAAAAUAUUGUUCAUCUUUUUGAUUCUCACAUUCAUUUAACUAUUGUAUAACAAUUCAUACUACUAAUAAUACUGUUAGUAAUAUAUGUUGUAAAUACAGAACAAAAUAUAUAUAUAUAUAUAUAUUUUAAAGAAAUAGAAGCUUAUUAAAUUGAAUUGCACAG